ACAAAGAGAGAGAGAAUAGCAAAGACUCAACCAUAGUUAUCCAGAACCAAAUCAUGUCUCACAUAGCUGUCGAGAGGAACAGGAGAAGACAGAUGAAUGAACAUCUCAAAGUUUUAAGGUCGUUGACCCCAUGUUUCUAUAUCAAAAGGGGGGACCAAGCAUCUAUAAUAGGAGGUGUUAUAGAAUUCAUCAAGGAGUUACACCAAGUUCUUCAAGCUUUGGAGUCUCAGAAAAGAAGAAAGAGUUUAAGCCCUAGCCCUGGUCCGAGUCCACGGACACUGCAGACACCUUUUCAUCAACUUGAUAGCUCCUCCAUCCUUGGGAAUAAUUCUUUCAAGGAACUAGGAGCAAGCUGCAACUCUUCUGUUGCUGAUGUUGAAGUGAAAAUCUCGGGUUCAAAUGUGAUCUUGAAAGUCAUUUCCCACAGAAUUCCUGGUCAAGUUGCAAAGAUCAUAUCUGUUUUGGAAAGUCUUUCAUUUGAAGUUCUUCAUCUAAACAUCAGCAGCAUGGAGGAGACUGUCCUUUACCAAUUUGUGGUCAAGAUAGAGCUGGGAUGUCAACUAAGUCUGGAGGAACUAGCUAUGGAAGUGCAACAAAGCUUCUGCUCAGAGGCUAUAAUUGCGCUGUGAAGAUGUAGCAUUUCAGAAGACACCUAAUUUCAUAUCGUAUUUUUGUUAAUAAAAUAUAAGCAUGUGAUAGACAUGCACAAAAAAAAAUUUCUUCAUUUACUACAAACUAGGUUUUAUUUGCUGCAUUACUACAAACUAGGUUUAUUAUAUCAUAACUGUUGUCAUAAACUUUAUGACAUGGAAAAUAUCCUGUUUCUUUGUUUCUUAAUAUUGAGUUAGAUACAUCACACAUGCAUUAUA